UGAAACACCUCUGUCGAACUCCGCUGAUUGCAGGGAAAUAUCUGGAGAAGAAGGAGAGGGAGAAGGAGAGGGAUGCUGUUAGCAGCAAGAAAACUCUUUCCGUGGAAGCUGAAACCCAUCUUCCCCCUUUCGCUUCUCUUUAGACAACCUUCUACGACAACAAAGGUGCACCCUUCACUUCCACAUCUCUCGUCGCUCUUAACGCGCGAACGUCAUAUCUCCAUAAACAAACCAUUUCUCUUCGUCAUCUCCUCUUUCUCCUACUCAUCUUAUUCUUCGAGUAGUUUGCUCUUGACUCGCGAUGGAAAUUAUGAAGAAGCCACUUCGAGCAGCGCGGUCUGUCCGGGAUGCGGAGUCCACAUGCAGGAUUCGGACCCCAAGCACCCGGGUUUCUUCAUCAAACCCUCGCAGAAGAAGAACAAGGACCCGGCUACCAGGAAGAGUCCCCAUCUUGUGCCCAUCUCACUAGAAUCCGAAUUCACAGAUUCCAUCAAAAGAGGUCUGAUUCCGGAACCAGAAAACCCUACCCCCGACGCUAAACCCCAAGAAGAUGUCAUCGAGAAGCCUGUAGUCUGCGCUAGGUGUCAUUCGUUAAGGCACUACGGGAAGGUGAAGGAUCCGACUGUGGAGAAUCUGUUGCCCGAUUUCGAUUUCGAUCACACGGUUGGACGGAGGUUGGGAUCCGCUUCCGGAUCCAGAACCGUCGUUCUCAUGGUAGUUGAUGCUGCGGAUUUUGAUGGAUCGUUUCCGAAGAAGGUAGCGAAGCUCGUCUCAGCCACAAUAGAAGAGAAUUCCAGUGCGUGGAAGGAAGGUAAAUCAGGGAACAUACCUAGGGUUUUGCUAGUGGUGACGAAGAUCGACCUCUUACCUAGCUCGCUAUCGCCCACCAGGUUCGAGCAUUGGGUGCGGCAGAGAGCCAGGGAAGGUGGAUUGGUUAGGAUCGCAAAGCUGCACUUCGUCAGCGCCGUGAGGGAUUGGGGACUGAAGGAUUUGGUGGAGGAUGUGGUGGAAUUGGCGGGAAAUAGAGGAAACGUAUGGGCCAUAGGAGCGCAAAAUGCAGGAAAGAGCACCUUGAUCAACGCUAUAGGGAAGAUAGCCGGAGGGAAGAUUAGUCAUUUGACGGAGGCGCCGGUGCCGGGAACGACAUUGGGGAUUGUUAGGGUUGAGGGUGUUCUUCCUGGUCAGGCUAAGUUGUUUGACACGCCUGGGUUACUGAAUCCCCAUCAGAUUACUACCAGGUUAACGAGGGAAGAGCAGAAGCUUGUCCACGUUAGCAAGGAGUUGAAACCCAGGACCUACAGAAUCAGGGAAGGUCAUUCAAUUCAUGUUGGUGGACUCAUGAGGCUGGAUAUUGAAGAAUGUUCAGUAGAUUCUAUUUAUAUUACUGUUUGGGCUUCUCCUUAUCUUCCGCUACACAUGGGAAAGCUGGAAAAUGCACACGAUAUCAAAGACGAACAUUUUGGUCGACAGUUGCAGCCACCAAUCGGAGAGAAACGAGUUGAAGAUCUUGGAAAAUGGGUGAAGAAGGAGUUUCGCAUUAGUGGUAACACUUGGGAUUCAAGUUCUGUAGAUAUAGCUGCUGCUGGUCUUGGUUGGUUUGGCAUUGGACUUAAGGGAGAAGCCUUUUUAAACGUUUGGACGUAUGACGGCAUUGAUGUUGUUCUUCGUAAUUCUUUGCUUCCUUAUAGAUCGCAAAAUUUCGAAGUUGCUGGAUUUACCGUCUCAAAAAUUGUCUCCAAAGCUGACCAAGCUUUAAGCAAGUCACAGUCUCAACAAGAAAAGAAGGGGAAACAAACCAGUUCCGGGAAGGCCUCAGCUUCCGAAUCCUUGCUCUAAUUCGGAACAGCAGAAGCACCCUCGAGUUUUGCUAACUCUGGCUCGUGAACCAAAUGGAUGCGGGCAUGAACCUGUGCCAGGGAAAGGAAAAGGCCCGAGAACAAACUAAAAAUUGUGAUGAGACUGUCAAGAGGUACUUUCUAAUUUGGAACUUCUCUUCAUAAUCAAGAAUGGUUGAAGUUUCAUCUGGAUCCAUCAGGGCCUGUUGUGUUCUACUCAGAGCUGCAACAACAAUGGCAAGGCUCUCCCCAUCCCACCAUGAUAGAAUGCAGGCAGUUGAUCCAUUUAUAUCAUCAUCUUCUCCAACGAUCCCGAAUGCAGGUAUGUACACCAUGGAGUUUGUCUUUGGAAUAAAUUAAAAGAUUUUAUGAAAUUUAUCCGAAAAUUUUAUUAAACAGCUGUUUUGGAUUAGAAAAAAUUUAGUAAUUUAUUUAAUACGUAAUAUAUAUUUUUUAAAAAUAAUAUUUAUACAUGUAAUAUUUAACUUCUAAUUUGUUCAUGAAUUACAAAAUACGUUAAAUUUUUGGGGAACUUAUAGGGUUUAUUUAAAUAAGACAAUUGUAUGGA